AUGAGUUUUGAAGAAAGGCAGAAAACCAAAGAGAAAAUGUUAAAUGGUCAGGGUACUUCACUGUAUGGAGGCAGCCACUUAAAAGAUGCAGAAGCAGGAGAUGGAAUGUCCUCAUUGUUCACAAAGAUAUUGCUUAAAAGGCAGUUUGUAAGCAUGCACACUGGCAUACAAAAUUCUUGUGUUGAACUUAACGGGACUUUCUACCUUAGGAGAACUUCAGACAAUAGCCCAAAAGAUAAAGCUCCAGGACUAAGAGUCUCUGCAACUGUCAAAUCAAUAAUUAUGCUACAGGUAACAUGCAAGGCCCUGUGGCAGAUGGUUACUGAAGGCAAGAUUCCCGACAAUAACUUUUUGGCCUUUUCCUGGUUGGGCCAGUCUUUGGGACGGUGCCAGCAUGGGACCAAGGAGCUAUUGGUGAAGCUCUACUGGUUCCUGGACCAUAGAACCACCUCGACUUUCAACAAGGCUGUUACAAAAAGGCUGUUCAUGAGCUGGACCAUCCAGCCCCACCUGUUGCUGUCCGGAAUGAUCAGGAAGAUGAAGCUGGCUGGCAGGGAAAACAAGACAGCUGUGGUUGUUGGAACCAUGAAGGAUGUCUCCAGGCUGAAGGUGUGUGCUCUUCCUGUUACUAGCAAUGCCCGGAAUUGCAUCCUCAAGGCUGGUGGGAAGACCCUCAUCUUUGACCAGUUGACCAUGAGCUCACCCAAGGGCAAGGGCACUGUUCUGCUGUCUGGUUUCCAGAAGGGUCGCAAGGGGUACAGGCAUUUUGGGAAGGCACCCAGCACUUCCCACAGCCACACCAAACCAUAUGUCUGA